UCAAGCCCCGAUAAAAAGACGCGUCUCUUGAACUUGUGGGUCAUUCGCAAAUUGAGAUUUACGCGAUCAAGACGAUGCUCCGCCUUGGGUUGUUGCCCUUUUUGGUGGUCGCCGCCGUCCUGGCCAACGACCCCAAGCAAAUCGACCAACCUUCCAAGAAUGAAGAAACGGAGUUUCAAAAAGGACUCAUGACGAGUGUUGAAGCAACAAACGAGAACCUCAAACGAUUGGCCAAACUCUUCUACGAACAGAUGGGGGAGAUGAAAAAACUGGCUGAGGAGCAGGAGAAAAAUUUCAACGCGACAAACCAGAGACUGGACGAAAUGGCGCAACUCUCAGACGAUCGACACAGACAGGGGACGGAGGAAUUGAAAAAUCAUGCCAAUGAGACGGACCGGAAGUUAAAUGAUUUGGAUAGGCUCGUUAAGCAGAGCCUUGAAAACGUCAAGCACGUUGAUCAAAAGCUGGACGAAAGUGCAGCCCUUGCUAAGCGUCAAAAUCAGCACUUUGAUCGCCGAUUCUCGUCAAAUUGCAACCUCGCCCGAUCGGCCUCAUUGACUCAGCUGUCGAAUGGAAAACAGUACUUGUUUUUAACAACGGGGGGAAAUUGGACUCAGGUCAGGGAUAGAUGCGCCGAGAAAGGUCUACAAAUGAUAACCCUGAAAAACAUGAACGACCACAACUUGGUUUGGCAGAAGAUCAAGGAAUUGCUUGGUGAAUCUUACUAUUGGGUGUCAGCCAGGAACACCGGGAACAGCGGUCAAAUGGACUACCGUUGGCACGAUGGCUCCAAGUUGGAGCUAAACAGCGAUUUGUGGAAGGACAAUGCUAACAAGACGCUUGGGUGCGUCGAAAUGAAGUAUGGUUCCAAUAAUGGCAAACUGAGCGGCGAGACGUGCAAUUAUAGUGGAAGCAAAUCAGUCUGCGAGUUACCAAGUGAAUGCUACUGACAAAUCCCAUCGUGGCAUUAAGAAAUUUGUUCAUAAUAAAUUGAAGAGGCAAAGAGGCAUAAAAAUACCUAUCAAAAAUUGUGCUUUGA